GUUGACUGACUUUUUUCAUCAAUUCAGAUUAUUUGGGAAGUGGGUUAAAAUACGGAGUACUCCGUAUAUGAGAGCCCAGCUAAAGUCCAAAACUCCCUAGCCCUCCUAUUUCCGUUCCACAGUAGAAAGAGGAAGUAGCCAAACGGCCAAACCCACGAAGGCACGGACGGAAAUUGAAAAAGACGCCAGAAGGAAGUCGCCGAGAGAGAGUCGCCGCCGCCGCCGGCCCGCACGCUCACUGCUCCAGAGUCUAGCCGCCUCGCCGGAAACUCUUCAGCCUCCAGGUCCAGGAGUCCAGGCUAAUCAUUUUGAAGGCAGUCAGAAAAUGGCGCUGGGGCUACUCCUAGGGAUUGGGAGGACAUUCAGGAGAAAGCGCACUGCUUCUCUCCAGAUUCUUACUUCCAAAACUGGUCCAAGGAACUACUACAAGGGCAAGAAUUGCAAGCCAACUGGUUUUCACACUCGCAAAGGUGGGUAUGUCGUAGUUCCUGAAAAGCUUCCGAAUUAUGUGGUUCCAGAUCUAACUGGUUUCAAGCUAAAGCCGUAUGUAUCUCAGUGCGCGACGGGAGACAAAACAACUGAAGCUUAGGAUCAUCAGCUGUUUCCUUAUGGGUUCGUGUGAGAGGGAGACCUCUCAAGGACAUACUUUUUCAAUAACAUGACCUUGCAAUGUUGAAAAGAUUAUUGGGUAAAGUAGAGGAACUAUGUGUACCCAAUUGUGAAGUUCUUUUGAUUCUUAUUGAAAAAGUUCUAAAGUGGUUUCAAUUUCGUUUGAGAGCAGGUUCUUUUAAUUGGUUUUAACUUUGAAAAUGGUUAGUAAAAGGCACCAUUGGAU